AUGGGCAAAGGUUACAAACGCAAAACGCGAUGGAGAACAUUGAACAUCGCUGACUGUCCAUCAGCACCGCCGGGUGACGACGACGACGAGGAUUCUUCACGCAAGCCCAGAGAAAACAGCACAAAAAAUACUACCCAAAGUACACACAAGUCGUCGCACUCCAGGUCUUCGGAUCAAAAGAAUGGAACAACUGAAAAUGGAGUGGCUAAUCGAAAUUCCGGUGGUACAUCGCCCUCAAGAUCAUCCCAGCCAAAAAUUAUCUUCGACGAGAAUGAGUACACGCGAAUUACAACUCCUCGGCAGGAUGUCCUCUUCAAGAAGGGAUACCUGGCUCGCAAAAAAGUCUGGUCGGGCAACAAUGCCAGCACCAGUGCAACACCUUCGACCACUGAGAGCCAGUCGGCUUCUCACUCCACUGCUGAUUUAUUAACACCGGCAGACGGCAGUGAGACCACCGAGGACCCCCAGUUGCUCGACUACCGUGAAAAUGGCCUUGAGGAGUUAUCAAAUGCUGAACAGACCGUCCAGAUGAGCUAUGGAACUUUUUAUGACCAUGCCAGUGGUUAUUAUUACGAGUACCCGGUGAUGGUCGUUGGACCACCGAUGCCCGGGCCGCCUAUGCAUAAUCUUCUGGCUGCUAUGCCCUGCGAGGCGGUUCCUCUUCGGCCGAUUGAGUGGGUCAAUCCUGCUUUUGUGCCGAAAUAUGAGCAGAAUUACUGUCUUGUUGAUUAUCAGAAUCCACAAGUAGAUCAUCAAUUGCCAGCGACGAUCGAUGAAAACGGAGUGGCUCCAGCUGCCGCAGAAUACACUAACGGCGACGAGCCAGUGGAAAACGGGAACGGCAGUGCAAGUUGGCCCGAAAGUACUGCUGGUGAAGAACCAGUAAACGGUGACGAGCAGCAGCUAAGCCAAAGCUUGUCAGCUGAAGAUCAACCUCAAGAUCCUCCGCAGGAGCCGCAAAAUUACGAGCCAGUGGUAGUAGACGGCAGCUUCCCGAACGAACCGUGUCUGGAGACCGUGCUUGCUCAGCAAUUACAUGUAUCACAUGUGGGACCGCCUGUACCACAACCUUACAUGUACCCCGGUCACUAUAUGUUUGGUCCAGCGCUCAUAAAUGUCAACGGUAUGACAAUGCAGAACGGACCAAUGAUGAGGACGAGCGAAAUGAAUGCUACGACGGCAUUUACCAGACGCAGAAAAAAGAAGAAACUGAGCAGGAGAAAACUAAGACGACCUCUUGGUCUGGAUAACAGUGAGAAUUGCGGACAAGAAGAAGAAGAAGACUAUAGUUCAGAGGCUGACAAUAAUGGAGUCCAAGUUUCAUCUUGUCUAAACAACAGUUUUGUUCCUACUAGCAGUCGUCCGUUGAACCCAAAUUGUAAAGAAUUUGAGUUUAAGCCUGCAAAAAAUAGCUCACCAAUAACAUCCAAUAAUUCAUCAGUAGCUUCAGAUUUAAAACAAAAUUCAAUAGAUCUGACAUUAAAUAGCAAGCCAACAACUCCUGAGAGCAAUUCAAUUACACCAACUGAGUCACCGGCAAUUGUAACAAACAUCGAGUACGCAACGGAGGCUAUUGCUAACGAAUCAGCCCAAAAAAAUGGCCUCGCUAAUGGUAAAAUUAAUGGUAAUGGUAAUAAUGAAAUUCAUGAAACAGAGAUUGGAAUUGAAGCUACUUGUGCUGAAUUCAAUGAUAUUAUUGACAAGCUUGAGGAUAAUUCCACGGAUUAUAGUAUACUAAUUCAAGAUCCGGUGGAUUCGAUUGUGCCAAACGGAAAUGAAGACUGUGAUCGACUGUCGAACGGUACUGUUAAGUCAGGAACAAAUGACUCAAAUGAAACGACGCCUGUGAUCCAGCUACUCAGUAAUGCUAAUGCUAAAGCUAAAGCUAAAGUUAAAGCUAAAGCUAAAGCUAAAGCUAAAGAAAAUUUACCGAAAAACAACGUGCCUAAAAAUAAUAAGAAGUAUAAUAACAAAAGUACAAAAUUGGUCCGCGAGCCGACCCCCGGCCCAGAUAAUAAUAAUCAUCACUUUGAAGAGGAGCACCCCAGCACCUCCGAAUUGGAAACUGACCUUGAGACUCACGUUGAGGGAGUCCCCAUGGGGAUCGAUGCAAUUGAAGCUCAACUUAAUGCUGACACCUCCAAUGAGGAUUCGGGAUUUGAAAGCCAGACUCGGUUCUCCAGCAAUCAUCCAAUUACUGAUGCAGUUACUCAGUGGCUGAGACGCGCCAACUCGCCUGAAUUAUUUGUUACGGUUAAUUGUAGUAAUAAUAAUAAUGAAGAUAGUGAGAUGGAGGACGACGAGUUGGAUGACAGCGAGCCGCCAAAAAACUUGCAGGGCAACCCCAUGCCUGCACUAUCUGCUAAUAGCAACGCGAACGACGUUAAGUCGUUGCGUUUGGCUAGCUGCGGCGAAUUCGCAAGCAAGAAGGCAAAAUCUAGGAGUAAAAGCAAGAAGACUUUUUGUAAUGCCAAACAGCGGAAGAAAAAAACCAAUGCUAUAAAGCUUCUUCUAGGUAAUAAUUCUUGCAAAGAACCAAUUGGUACUUGCGAAUUCACGGAGAAGGAUAGCGAUGCGGGUAUGAGGGUUGCCAAUAACUCUCGGAUAAUUAAUAUGGAUAAUAAGGAGGUUUUAGAUGGUGAAUCUAGUCCUGAGGUUGAUGUUCAGAGGAUCAAUGUUGAUUUAGUAAAGACUUUUCAACAGGGAGAGAUUGUUGUGUCUAUUGAUGGUAAAUUAUUGUCCACUACUAUUUGUGGUGCUACUGUAAUUAAUAAUAUUGAUGAUGAUGAUGAUAAUAAUAAUAAUAAUAAUAAUAAUAAUAAGGAAGAAAAUUUCAGACAAUCGGUUGAUAGAAUUAAUUCUAUUGGGAGUAUUGAAGAACCGGAUAUGCUCGAAUUUUGGGAGUCGGAAAAAUUACAACCGUUUGUUGUUAAUAAUAAUGAUGAUAAUAAUGAUGGUGAGAAGAAAAAAGAUGAUAGCAAGUCUUGCAUUAAAGUCGAUCCAGUAAGCUUAGAUAUUGUUAGAAAGUAUUAUAGACUAGCACGCGGAAGUGUUCAGAGUAUCUCCAGCGUCGAGGAUGGCAUCAGUGAUCUAAAUGAGUCCAAGAGUAAUUUGGGGGAAGCUGAGGGACUUGAAAAAAAUUCACAAAAAAGACUACCCAUUGACGAAGCUAUUGAGGUUUAUGAAAGCUGCUACACUGGUAAGCCACCUUCGUUGAUUUUCAACUCGAAUUUAUACAGUGGUCGUUUUAAUAAUUACGGGUAUGGCCGACACGAAAAACCGAUUCCAUGCAGGACUACUUGUUGUAUUGUUCAAUAA